AUGAGCCUCUUACGGAAAAGCUUCACUUUAUUCACCUCGGGACCAUUAUCUAAAUACCCCAUUCGAACCUAUAAAAGCGACUUGUCUUUGGAAAAAUUGCACCCCCAAAGUAGCCUCAAACUGACCACCCCUUCAAAGUCUUCAUUAGCUCAGAGUCCUGAUUUUGACGGCUACAUCCCUCUGGACCAAUUAGAAAUCACUUACAGCCGUAGUUCGGGGCCCGGAGGCCAAAACGUGAACAAAGUCAAUACGAAAGUUGACAUCAGGUUUCACUUGCAAAAGGCAAAUUGGCUUAGCGACAAAGUGAAAUCCAAAAUCCUAGAAAAAUAUGGGGCUAAAUUGAGCAAAGAAGGCCACUUGAUAUUUCGCUCUGACGUCACAAGGUCUCAGCAACUCAAUUUGGCAGAUUGUCUAGAAAAAUUGAGGGCAUGCGUGAGAGAUUCCUUGUACGAAAAGCCUCAACCUUCAGAGGCCAGUCUUGAGAGGAUCAGAAGGAGAAUUGAAAAGGCCAAUAUAGAGCGGAUUGCUCAGAAAAGGUAUAUUGAACAGAAAAGGUACAAUACUUUAUCUACAACAUUAAAUAAUAAUUUUUUUUCCAGGCCACAAGCCUAA